AUGUCAUAUACCCAUGUACCCAUGGAACACGGAACUUCUGCUAUUAGUAGCAAUAACGCCACGGUGCCUGUUAUGCAAGCAGUUUUAUUGCCUACUGCGAUUGUUUAUGUUAAAGAUAUUAAUGGCGAUUUACAAAAAUGCAGGAUGCUAAUUGAUUCUGGUAAACAAGGCUCAUUUAUUCGGGAGCACUGUGUAAAUUUACUACAGCUAAAGCGCACUAGUGCAAACAUAAGUGUAAAUGGCCUGAGCUCGCAAAAAAUUGGAAAGGUUUCAGGUUCAGUUCAAUUACAAGUAACAUCUCCAUUUUAUAAUAACGCAAGCAUUUCAGUUAAUGCAUUAAUCAUACCCAAGAUCACGUGUGACCUUCCUCAAUAUCAAGUUGAUAGAUCUGUUUCGACAUCUUUCAAACAUUUGUGGUUGGCAGAUACAAAUUGUUUCCAGCCUGGCCCAAUAGAUAUUCUUUUAGGCGCACAUGUAUUUGGCGAGAUAAUGCUUCAUGGACGUUUAACUGUUCCGGGUCAUUCGUUAACAGCCUUGAAAUUAAUAUUCGGCUGGGCCAUUAUCGGAAAGACUAAAAGCGUAUCACAAACAAUUGUAUCUAAUCAUGCUAGUUGUACUAAUGUUCAGCUCCAGUUUGAAAAAUUUUGGAAAUUGGAAGAAAUUUUGGAGAUAAAGCAUUACACAGAAGAGGAGAUUGAGUGUGAAAAUCAUUUCAAGCGUAAUUUUUCUCGUGAUUCAACAAGUAGAUUUGUUGUUAAGUUUCCAUUUCGUAGAUCGGGAAAUGAACUUGGGUCAUCAAGGGAUGUUGCUGUACAUCGUUUACAAACAUCAAUUUAUUAUGAAUUGAUGUUACGUAAACAUCAAUUUAUUAAGAAUAAAUCUCUUUCCAGUCAAUAUCACAAAUUUAUGGAGGACUAUCAACAACUUGGUCAUAUGGAAUUGAUUCCAGAAAAUGAAAUUGAUGUUCCAGCUAAUUCUAGUUUUUACCUUCCGCACCAUUCAAUUCCGGAUAAAAAUGGUGAUAAAUAUGGAGUCGUAUUUGAUGGUUCUGCAAAAUCUUCUAGCGGUAUUUCUCUUAAUGAGAAAUUGAUGGUUGGUCCACAGUUGCAGACUGAUCUGACAACAUUAUUUAUUCGUUUCAGAAUUCACAGAAUAGCUAUAACUGCAGAUAUAAAGAAAAUAUACAGACAAAUUAUACUAAAAGAUUCAGACUUUCAGAGAAUAGUCUGGCGCGAUUCACUUUAUAAACCAAUUCAGGAUUUUCGAUUAACUAGGAUUGCUUACGGUACUGCAUCAGCUCCGUACCUUGCGGUAAGAUGUUUACAGCAGUUAGCCAUAGAUGAAGCAACUAAUUUUCCUUUGGCUUCCAAGACAUGUCUUAGGGACUUCUACGUUGAUGAUUUGAUGUCCGGAACCUGUUCAGUUACUGAAGCUAUAGAAUUACAAAUGCAAUUGAAUCAGAUGUUGUCACGUGCAGGAUUUGUUCUAAGAAAAUGGGCUUCUAACAGCAAAGAAGUCUUGAAUUCAAUUAAUCCAGAUUUGUGCUUAUCAAAUGUUUUGAACGUAGACAAUGAUGAUACUGUAAAAACGUUAGGUAUCCUGUGGCAUCCAGCUUCAGAUAUGUUUUUAUUCAAAGUCAAUUCAUCAUAUCCUGAAUUCUUAACCAAACGAACAUUACUUUCAAUAAUCGAAAAGACCUUUGACCCUCUUGGAUGGUUGGCACCGAUCACGGUUCGGUAUAAAUUGAUUAUGCAAAGGUUGUGGAAACAUCAGUUGCAGUGGGAUGAAAAGGUUCCUCCAGAUAUUGAAUGGGAGUGGAAACAAUUUACAGAAGAUAUGUUAUCCAUUAAAAGUAUCAAAAUUUCACGAUUCUUGUUGGUUGAAUCAGAUAACCAGUUUCAACUGCACGGGUUUUGUGACGCCUCAGAGAAGGCCUACGCCGCUGCAAUUUAUUAUCGUUUUGUGUUAGACACUGGACAAAUCAAUGUUCAGUUGGUAAUAGCCAAGACAAGAGUUGCACCACUAAAAACCAUAUCUCUUCCCCGAUUGGAACUUUGUGGAGCAUUACUGUCGACUAAAUUAAUGGAUUUCACCUGUAGGGCUUUAAAUACUCCUAUAUCGCAAGUUUAUUUUCAUACUGAUUCCACUAUUGUAUUAGCCUGGAUAAGAUCUCAUGCAAGCCGAUGUAAGACCUUUGUCGCCAACAAAGUAGCAGAAAUCCAGACUUUAUCUUCUCCUGUCCAGUGGCAUCAUGUGAGUGGAAAUGCUAAUCCUGCUGAUCUUGCAACGCGUGGUGUCAUCAUCUGCACUGGUUACUUCAUUGUGGCUACGUGGUCCAGAUUUAUUGUAUAA